UUCUCCCCCGAUUACUCAGUUUGGCUGUGUGGCCAGCUUUAGGGAGAGUGUGGUAGCAGGAAUACAAGAUUGUUAUAUUUAUACACCAAAUGGUUGUUUUAUUCUUGCCUCAAACAGUGAAAGGGUCCAUAACGCCCAUGUCUUCAUAGUUUUUACAAUAAAUUGUUUUCCUUUUCAGUAAGAACAGUACCCUCUGCUCAACUCUGCAACCUCUGAACGUUGCCUCAGCCUGGUGAUGGAGGACUCAGUGUACCCCGGACGGGCAGUGUUAGUAUGUCUAUAGAGGUUUGUGAGUUAUCUUGUGACUGUUUUAUAGCUCACCUUUUUUUGUGGGAGAAGAGAGCUAUCGGGAUUGAAGCAUGGCUGUGUGUCUGUGACUGACCGUAUUUCUGUUCUCCAGUGGAGGGCGCUAUGAAGAGAGCUAAGAUCGCCCGGAACACCCACAUUGUAUUUUCCUUUUUGUACACAUUUGUUUCAUCAUCUGAACAAAUAAUAAUCCUCUUGGAAUGGCCUACCAUGAGGUCAAGAAGGAGCUGGCCCUGGACCAAAGGUCAGUGAGCCUAAACGUCAGGGUGGUGUUUGUGGCUGGCCAUAGGGUCCUCCUCCUACUGUAACAUCCACGCCCUCAGCCCCACUCAGCCCAUACUCCUCCCCGGGAACACGGCUCUCACCCCAGGGCCCUUCCACACACUACCCCUCCCUGGAGGAUCACAUGGCAAGUGUGGGUUUAGCUGUGGUGCCAAACGCCUGGGACCAGCCCUUACUGCUGGGUGUGAAGGGCACCACCCCAGACCCUGGCUCCUACCGUUUCCUGACGCCCGCUGAGUUUCUAGAAUUGGAGGUGGACACUUGUGAGGUGCCUGGUGGACUGCCAUCGAUGUACCAGAAGGCCCAUGAGGAGAGGGAGAAGAGUGUACAGGACUGGCAGAAGACGGUGAAGGAUGCCCACCUGAACAAAGAGCGGUGGCGUCAGUUCCAGGCCCUGGUGGAGCAGAAGUUCCAUGAUUGGCUGUUGGAGUCGGGACACAGACAUGGGCUGGACAGCCUUAUCCCCCCCUGCAUCACUUCCCAGGACCCCUCGCACAGCGACAGCCUGGAGGCCAGGCCAAAUGACACCAGGCAGGAAGGGACAUCUAGAUGGACAGUGGGGAGGACACCUUUUGCCUUGCUGACUUUUUGGGUUCUUGUUGAUGGAGAUCCCCAUACAAAGAAGCUUUUGCCUCACAGUCAGCUGUUUGCUUCACAGCCACUGGUAGCACUAAGCCCUUUGUUUGCAUGCUGUCCACAGUUCCAGACAGGCCUGGAUCUGAUCUGAGGAUCACUAGACUGCAGAAGGGUGGCCUGGUAUACACCUCUGGCUCUGUUCUCGUCCCCUGUAUGCUGUCUCGCCCUCCCACUGCUGCAUUCCUUCAUCUAGUUGAGACUGGUGUGUCCAGAUUCUCUACCCUUGCACACUCACUCUCAUGGAUUUACCAAUGGUGGGGAUGGUAGAGAAUCAGGACACAGGCAGUGGUCCUAGAGUACUUGGGGUACGACUACAGGGUACCUAUUGUUAGCCACUCAGGUUAGAUCUGCCUAGAGUCUGGUUCUUCUGCUGUGUGCACUGUACCAAUGAAAUAAUAGGGAAUCAUUUAACUGUCUGUUAAAUUCAGAGAUUGACCUUCCAGUAUAGGGGAAAGAUGUAUUAAUGUAUACAUAUGAUAUUAAGUUGUUUAUGUAUUUUCUGGUAGCGUAGGAGAGAGGGUGUGAUGAAUUUAAAGGCCUGUGCCAAAUUCCAAGGAAUGUAAUACCUUUAGCACCUGAGCGCCAAUCUGUUUGUGCUGUCAUGUCAACUCCUUAUCACUCAUUGUCAUGUCAAACUGUUUCAAAAUGUUUGACUUUGGCAAUGGGGUUGGCAAGAGCACGAACCGAUCUGGGACCAGGCUAGUGCCUCCCUCAGAUGGGACUUUGGUCUGUAGACUAUAAUAGCCACCUCGAAGAAGAUGGCAGAACACAUUAGUGUUAUGAGAAGAGAAAGAUGCCUUUGAGGGAGCAGUUAUAUUCCGUUACAUGGGCCAUUCAGUUAUAUUCCGUUACUGUGUACUAUUAAAAUAAGCCUAGCAUGCUCCAGAGAAUGCUGAUGUUGCUAGGUAACCAGGUAUUUCUCUUCCUUAUUAGUCCUUUGCUUCUUCGGCCAGUGUGGAUGGAUGAGAUUGUAUUAUUGUUCUUCUGCCUUGCUGCUGUAGUUUAGUUCUCAGGGACUUCCCCUGUGUAUGGCCUCUUUAUUGUUAUGUCAUCUUAUUGUGUUACUUUUUAUUUGAUAUUUUACUUUAGUUAGCAAAUAUUUUCUUAACUCUAUUUCUUGAACUGCGUUGUUGGUUAAGGGCUUGUAAGUAAGCAUUUCACAGUAAGGUCUGUUGUAUUCUGCGAAUGUGACAAAUAAAAAUGGAUUUGAUUUGCCUUUCAAUUAAAUUGCACUAUGUCGGCCUACCUACAUGUUACAAUGGAAAUUAUUUUCAUGUUUUCUAAGAGCACAAUUUUGUUUAGUUCUGUUUUUUCUUUAGUCAUGAAUAAACUAUUCAUUUUUGC